AUGAUGCCUCUAAUUGAGCUGCACGAUCAACACAAGACACUGCUAGGCAUCCAACACAUGCCUGUGAAACAAGCGUUACCGGAUGAGAACGAACGUCGAGUAAAGAGUUGUAGAUUGUCUGUGCAUGUUUGUGCAUGGCAGUUGUAUGGUAUCGUUGCUAUCCCUCAUCGUGGCCUGUGUUCUUGUACCGUACAGAAGACCGGUUGGAUCCGCAAUUCCUGUCUGGCUGACACGCUGGUGUUUCCCACCGUCGUCCACGGCAUCCUGCUUUCGUCUGUGAACGUGGACGGUGAGAUCCUAAAUAUCAACCGGAAGGCACGCUUCGGGAACGGAGAGGAAGAGGGUCCUAAUGACGCCACCAUUCGAUCCAUGGCGGAAGUCAACGCUUUGGUAGCUAAACACAUAACUCAUGUACUCGACUUAAGCAACAGACACAAAGUAGCGCACGUCACACCCGUAUCCCACGACGAUUCUCCUCGGUCCAGUUACCCCUCGAGCACGAUCACCGGCAUCUCCAAGACCGUCCCGCUCUCCAUCGCCGCUUCCCUCGUCCAGCAGACCGCGGCAGCCACGCGCCCGUAUUUCGGCGCGACAACGUAUCUUGUCAGACCUGCAAAGCGCAACCCCAUCGUCAUCUGGUGA